AUCUCGACGAUCUCGGGAGCCUCGUACACUCGGAGAUCGGAGGUUCGAGUGCCAAAAAAUCGAUCCCCGAGGCAAAAAUCAACUAAAGUAUACUUGUAUAUAUAUUUUGCACAUAUAUAUAUGUGCAUAGACAUACACAAUGACGAGCAACGGUGAAGUAUGGGUUCAGUGGUUCACGUGCUGUCUGGCCCAACAAGGCCCAGGAGCUCGGAACAAGAGACAAAGACCGCAACAACAGAGGCUCAGGAUAGAUCGUAGCAUGAUCGGCGCACCCACGAAUUUUCAACACACCGGCCACAUCGGGGGCGGCGAUCUCGCUGAUAUGGCCAGCGCUCACUUGUCCGUCAUACAGACUCAAAUGCAGGGCAAGGGUGGAUACGAGGCAUCAUUCGGCGUUAAGGCUUGCUGAGAAAUCGUUGCCCCGAGGGUGCUCGAGACUGACCUAUGACGAGCCUCGCGGUGGAUAUCGAAGAAAAAAACGAGGAAAAAACGUGGACGAGAUCGACGCGAGAGCCAGCUACGAAGACAAUUAAUUGUCGGCCCUUUCGAAGCUUACGAGACGAGAAUCAAAAGCCAAGCAAUUUGUAAAUAAACGGGCAACUUUGUCUGACCACUGCCAUAGCGAAUUUCAUUUUUUCCGGAAUAUUCGGGCAACAUCAAAGUGGAGCCAGUCAACGAGGAAUUUAUUCAAAAUUUCGAGUCCAUUUCAACGCGACGUUAUGAAAAGAAGCAAUAAAAUGUCUGCUCACUUCACUGCAAAACUGGUGGAAAGAGAUCGUGAUCAUUUAUUAAAAUAAAUGUAGACAUUUCAAAUAAUGAAAAAACAAAAAAAGAGGAAAUUUCAGUUUCCGAGUAUUUAAAAAAGGCAGAACAACUUCGAAGAACGUAGCAUUGUUUGCCAGCUAAAUUCAUAAAGAGCGAUAUGCAACACAGCCGAAAGCGAUCGAGUCAAAACAAAAAAUAUUUAUCUCCGCGUUCGAAAUUUUCUACCAUUGUGAAAUGAAGAAAAAACGUGCCUAACUGCGUAGAACAACAAAAAAAAAAAAAAAUUCUGAAAAAUACUGAAAUGCCCGACGACAAUGACAAUCUCAGUCACGUUUGAUUCAGUUCCAGAAUUCUUUUCUCUCGCAUGGCCCGAUUAUCAACGUUUUUCCAAGUUAUCGUAUCAACCGCAGAAUUGUGAUAGAAUUUGCGUUAACCGCCGUUCCUCCAUUAUUAUUAUUAUUAUUAUUAUUAUUGUUAUUAAUAUAAAAUUAAUUUUCUUAUCCUCCGCCUCACGAAGAUUUAGCAGCUUUUUUAUUUUUCAAAUACACUCCGAUUUUCAUAGUCUACGAACUGUGACACACGAAUCUCUAGAGUGACGAUUGACGGUCAUGAGAAAUCGGAGCAAAGUGGGGUUUAUACACCGAAAAAAUUGAUUGUAAUGUUUCAAUGGGCGUCGAGCGAUUGAUCUUUUUGUUUUAUCAAUAAUAUUGUUAUUAUAAGGUAUAUUGUAUUAAUAUUACAACUAUUACGAAAAUUUUCGAGCACUGCCUUCUUAACGGUGCAACGUCUUUUUUUCUACAUCGUCACGAAUCAAGCAUGUAUCUCUCUUUUCCUCUUCCUUAUAAACAGUGCGGUAAAAACAAAACUCAAAAUUGAUAACGCAACAUGCUCAAAUUUUGAAAAUCGAUACCACGAAAACGUGAAAAAUAAUGAUGAUGUCAGAAGUACUGCAAUUACGAAUAAUUGCCGUUGAUGCACUGCGAUCUGUAUUUAUUUAUUAUUUAUGGAAGUGAGAUUUUGCCCUUUUCGCGAUCCCAUCUCUGUUCUCUUCACCUGGCGCGUAAAAUAUUAUUUAUUCAGCCUGAAUUAAUCUCGCUCCAUUUCUCUCUACGCUCUCCCUGUCAACGAACCCUUAGGCUAACUUAAUGCGAUUAUUACUUAAGUUCCACGAGAGAAUUAUACGCGUACAGGGGUUUCUAUACACAAUUACUUACAAAUAUAUACAUACAUUAUAUACGCAUUAUAAAUAUACAAAGAUAUUGUAUUUCGUUAACGAUAGAUUUUAGCAAUAAGAUUCGUGGUCCGUCACACGAAUCUAGACUUGCAUUAUGCGACCAUUUCUACUCUACAUAAUCAUUAUAGAGAGUUUAUGCAUAAAUUACGUUUCAAAUGAGUGACCAAAACGAUUACGUACUCGAUAAAUUAUCCAUCGCACUUAUUUUACUUCCCGAGGGUUUUUAAGUCGUCAUUUUUUCGCAUGAACCAAAAUAUUGAAAAAAGCAUACGAACGCGUCAUCACUAAAGAAUGUUUCUUUUUUCAUUCAAUAAAUCGUGGACAGAGUGGUAUGUUGAAAGGACUAAAAAACAGUAUAGAGAACAGUCCACGCGAAUGCAUUAUCGAUUGUCAGACGUUCGUUUCUUCACGAGCGAAGAAACACUCUGUUUAGCCAUUGAAAAAAAGGAAUUGCAAAUCUAUGCGAGUUGUUCGAGAAAGAGCGUGGUGUGUUAUGAAAAGUGCAAUAUGAACGUGCAAAAAUGAGGUUCAAUGAUCUACGAGAAUGAGAGCGAUAGUCGUUUUGCGAAUGUGUUUGUAACAAUGAUUGUGAUCACUGAAGGAUCCUCUGCCAAAUCUUGGCCCGCGAAUGCGGACGAACGAUCAACAUUAUUAUCGAACGACAAAUAUUUAUGCGACGAAUACGAUGCUAAAUGAAGAAAACAUGGACGGAUUGUGUAGAAUAUUUUUUAAAGAUAGUCUAUUUGUAAAGAUAAAAAAGUUUGCUUCCGUGGUUCGAAUAAGGCCAACCGACAAGGCGGAAAGAAGGAGAAAUGACAGACGAAUGAGAAAACUACGAGUAUUUCUAUCCCUAAUUUCAUAAGGUUUAACAGGCAAUUGAUGACUGUAACGUUUCCGAUUGAGAAUAAUAAAAGAAAAAUGAUAUACCCUA